ACAUCCGGCUUAGCGCUAAUAUUUCUUGGCUUGUGGAUGUUGCUGGAUCCAAAGAGAAACUACAUCCUUGAUCUCGUUGACUUCUCAGAAGAUGAUCCUUUACUGACUUUUGCUUCAUAUAUCGCAAUCAUUGCUGGGGUGGCAACGUUGUUCGUAGGCUUCAUCGGAUGCUGUGGUGCAGUGCAGCGUAUGAGAUGUCUACUAGUUGGUUUUAUCCUGUGCUUAUUCGUCUUAUUUCUUGCCGAUGUUGCAAUUGGAACAUUAGCACUAGUCUACCGAAAUAAGGUAAGUCAUGAUCGAUGUAUUGCUUAA